AUGGGAGUGGAGCUCCUGAUAUUCCCAUCCAACCAGCUUCCAGAGAAAAGCCAUCAUCAGCUGUAUCAGGAGCUAUGGAAGGCAUGUGCGGGUCCACUAGUAGAUGUUCCAAGAGAUGGAGAAAGAGUUUUCUACUUUCCUCUAGGUCACAUGGAGCAAUUAGAGGAAUCCAACAAUCAGCAAAUCGAUCAGAGUAUUCCUCACUUCAAUCUUAAAUCAAUGUUGUUUAUACUCAGCUUCUGCAAAGAGGUCCUACUAGUCUUGAUAAAUGUAUUGAAGACCCUCCAAAGGCAAGUAUCCACUCUUUCUGCAAAGUCUUAACAGCUUCAGAGACAAGCACUCAUGGUGGUUUUUCAGUGCUCAGAAAACACACAAAUGAAUGCCUACCUACAUUGAUAUGAACAACGAUGUAUGAUGACCUGUUGGAAGGCUCUGGACUACUACAAGAAGCAAGGUUGUGAUUGGUUGACUUGUUGACUUGAGGCAUCAAGAAUUAGCAUAUCGUUUUCAUUCGGGUGAAUUGUUUGUUGAUUGUAGAUGGAUAAUUUUAUGCAUUUGAUCGCUAGCUCUCAAGAACCAGUUGAACGAUGGAACCGGACAUGUCUCAGCCGACUCCUACUCAAGAACUUGUAGCUAAAUAUCUUCAUGGAAUUGAGUGGCGAUUAAAGCAUAUAUUCAGAGGUCAACCGCGAAGGCAGUUCCUUACAACAGGAUGGAGUACUUUUGUUACUGCUAAAAGAUUGGUGGCUGGCGAUUAAUUUGUAUUCCUUAGGGGAGAAAAUGGGGAAUUACGUGUUGGUCAACAACAUAACUCGAUGCCAUCUUCAGUGAUUUCAAGCAAAAGCAUGCACCUUGGUGUUCUUGCUACUGAAAAAGGAGGAGUUACUCCAUCUGUUUAUUCAAAAAAGGAACCGGUGGCAAACCAAUGAUAUGGAGGAUUUUUUUUGACAUGAUAUAUGAAACAAGAAGGUGCCCCUUAAUAGCAAUGUAGUAUUAGGUUAUAUAGUUAAGGAAAACUUCUUAAUAACAAUGUACAAUCAAAUUCCCU